AUGGGCAAACAUGACACGGGGACUUGUGACUUCUGUGGACAGGAGGAGACGUUUGAGCAUGUAGUGUUGGAGUGCGAUAAGUAUAAGCGAGAAAGGGAAAGAUUGCAGUUUGAAUUGCAAGAAAAUAGUGUUCACCUAAGGGAGAAGAAGAAGAAGAAGAAGAUACAGGCAUCGCUAGGUGAGCUUGAUACAUGCGUCGGUGCGUCAGUGUUGCAGGACCCAUCACUAGCUACAAGUGAUGGACGCGAUUAUUUUCAGAGAACACGUCUCUUCUGGAUGGUCACCCUGUCAGUGGCGCUGAUAUAUUUCGCUUGCACGGUGUUUGCACCAGAUGUAGUCCCAUUUGAGCUCCUUGGUCCAUUUGGCACCUUCUCCAAAAACCUUGCGUAUAACCAUCCUGAUCUACUGUACAAAGGAUGGUGGUUGGCCUGUGCUAUUCAUCUUUCUGAGGCCCUGGUUGCACUGAAGUUGUGCAGUAACAAAGGCAUCAAGGACAUGUCCACUCGGUGCCUGUGGUUUAUCCAGACCUUUCUGUUUGGCUUCGCCUCCCUCCACCUGCUAAUUAAGUACGACCCAGAGCGUUCCAAGCAGGACUGACCUUACCAGGAGAAGCCUACAGAACAACACAUCUGAGUCUAGAGACCCCUUCUUGGGGCCUCAACUUCUUCCACUGUUCACUUUGAUUAUAAGAUCCUGCUGGAGAGCAUGAAAUGGAGCAAUACUCUUGAGCCUUUUCUUUAAUAGUGUUUCUUUUAAUAGAAUUCCAAAGACAUAUCUUUGAUAGAAACGCUAGAAAUUUUCUUACAUAGUUUACAAAAUAUCUUUAAUUCCUGUAAUAGAGCUCAAUGUUUCAUUCCAUAUUUUCUAGAGCUGAGGGAGAACGGUGCUACCUUUUCAGAAAUAAUAUAUUUUAAAGUUUGUCUUGAUGGUGAUAACUAGGGACAAGGGUUAUUUAAAUAUGAGUGUUCUCUUGAUGAAUUUGAGUGCAGUACAUGGAACAAAUUUUAGAACAGAUUACCUAAAGGUGUUUACAUUCAGCCUACGUGGUGCAGUACAGGUGGGUUGGUUUUUGAGGGUUUUCCCUUUUUUCUCAGCUGCUCGGAUGAACAGGAUGCCUGACACGUUUGCUACAGAUGGUAUUUUUGCCGUCACCCUCAAAAGUGCUCUUGGAUUAAAUAAAGAGGGGAGCUGCUGUCAAAUUUGCCUUUCUCAGAUUAAAGUGCUGUGAUUCAGUCUUAAUAUUGACACUACAAAAUAAAGGAUGACUGAACUGAAUCCACUGUGGGGUGUUUUCUUUAUUAUUCAUUUUUUUUUAAUAGCAUUUGUGUGAUUUGAGAUGAAUGAAGCAGUCUCACCGCUUUCUUCAAUUCAGAUUUAUUUAUGUAGUGGCAAAUCAAAACAGCCCUCAAGGUGCUUUAUACUGUGAGGUACGUGCCUUUCAGUAGUCCAGAGAAAACUGCAAUUAAAUGGGCAGGUAUUGGGUAACAAUGGGAAGGAAGAACUUCCUUUUAACAGAAGUCUCAAGACAAAAAUUUAAUGACCUCCUGUUGUGGUGUCUAAACAUAGGGUAUUCUCAAUGACCCACAUGAUGUUCUGCAGCAGUCUGAAACUAUGGCAACAUGACAGGGUUCAGGGUCACCUGAUCAGCCCUAACUAUAUACUUUAGUCUCAAAACUUUGCUACAGAGUAAGACUGGAUUUUGUGGAUCCUUUACCCAAAACUAAAUCCACAUGUAAACACACAUCGUGACAAGAUUCCCAGAGGCUAUAACAUUUUUUUUUUUCCCCACCUUUACCAAAAGUUCCUUAAACUGACCAAGGCUCAUAUUUCAUGUAAAAGGGUUCGAGAUGAAUCCAACUGUUACCAUUUAGAGUCUCAAUUAUCUAUAGAAAGACUCAAUCAGACACUUCAAACCAUGUGGUGCAAGUUUUGCCUUCGGUUUGGUAGAGAGUGUGCCGUCUGCUGUUGUCUUCUGUGAGAGAACCUGCCUAAGAAAGGUUGUUGGUGCCCCCCCCAAGUCAGCAGUUUCUGAAAGAAACUCCAUUACGCCCAUCAGUUAGCCAAAGGAAAACCAUGCUCAGUCUAAGAUGAAGGCCCAUUAUGACAAAAAGACUGUUUUCAGGACUCUUUAAACAGGUGAGAACAUUUUUUGGUCCAGCUUGCAAGCACAGUUUGCUGGAUCCUGCCUAGUAAGUUAUGUAAUCCAAAUAACUAGGAUCUGCCAUAUGAACAUGUUGAAAUGUUACUUUCCAAGAAGCAGCCCGGCUGCUCCACUAUCACUGUGUGCGAUUGCUUAAUAUAAACCCUCUGAUGAUGGGCUGAUUUAAAAAGGUGUUUGUGUUUGGUGCUCAGUUAAAAAAUUCUCAUUGUUAGGUAUUAGAUCAUUUAGAGUUCAUCCUGUCCCAUCUGUCUGAAUCUGCUUGGGAUGAUAUAGUCUGCCUGAUCCAGGAUUCUCUAUGAGCUAACUAACCCUCCCAUGGGAGUAUUUAGCUCACUGAAGAACUUUGAAUGCUUUGAAUCUGCUAGAGCAUUAUUGUGUAACACCCAAUUUUACACUUCCUUUCAACUGUCCUUUCACAGGGUAUAGAUCAUCCCAU